AUCAACCUUUGCAUAUUAUUAGCCGCUGUCUCGGUUGGAAAUUCGUCUGUUUUGGAGUAUUUUUCUUGGAUAGUUGCUGGCAUUAUUUUGUGACCUGUAAGGCCUGUCAUAAGUCUCCAAAAUGUCAGACGUACCAAAUGACAUCGAUGCCAAGGUGGACAACAAUAAGGAGCAAGAUUCUAAAGAAAAGUACAUUGACAAAUGUGAUCCAGACGACCCAGACUACCAGCGCGAGUUGCGGAGACCAGCAAAUAUCAAAGAAGAUGUGCGCGAGAUGGAGAGAAGAAAGCGAGUAUCGCUGAUUUUAAAUAGUCAGGCUUUUAGAGAAGAGUUGGAAGAGAUUGUAGAGAGUCAGAUUAAGAAUGCUUUGACCGGACCCCACCCAGCUAGCUUGAUAGCAUUACAACAAAUAUCUGAUCUGUUGUUGCCUCAUUCAAGGUAUAACCAGACUUCCCUUGGUAGUUCCAAUGCCCUUGGAAAAGGUUACUCCGCCAUUAUGCCUGUAGCUGAUAUCCGUGGCUUAAAUUCACAAAGUUACACCAAGGGGGAGAAAAUAAUACGUUGUAAGCUGGGUUCUUUAUAUCGAUUGAUGGACAUCCAUGGAUGGUCUCAUAAUAUCGCCAACCAUGUUUCUGUACGUAUUUCACAUGAAGCUGACCAUUUCCUUGUUAAUCCAUUUGGACUGUUAUAUCAUGAGAUAACUGCAUCUAGUUUGGUUAAAGUUGACAUGCAAGGUAAUAUUGUAGACACUGGAACUACUACCUAUGCACCAAAUAAGAAUGGUUGGAGUAUCCACGCUGCUAUACACUCAUCUAGACCUGAUAUUAAGUGCAUUAUUCAACUCCACACACCGUCUGCUAUGGCUGUGUCUUGUAUGAAGUGUGGAUUAUUGCGUUGCUGUGACGAGGCCUGUUUCGUCGGCGACAUUUCUUUCCAUGAUUAUUGUGGUCCCUUUGUAGACAAGAAUGAUAGAGACUCAAUCACCCGGGCACUUGGGCCAAUAAAUAAGAUCUUGGUGUUACGUAACCAUGGUAUUCUUGUCUGUGGUGAAUCCAUAGAGGAAGCCUACUACUUAGCACUCAAUGCAAUGACUGCUUGUGAUACCCAGGUGACUACUUUUUUGACUCCCAUCGUUGGUGUAGAUAAUAUGGUUCUGGUUGAUGAUGAGAUGGCAAAGAAAGCAAGAGACACAUCCAAAGAAGGCCACCCUAAAGAUGGCGGUAAACUAAGAUGGAGAACUGGAGAAUUGGAAUUUGAGGCUAUGAUGAGGUGGCUUGAUAACAUGGGCCACAGGACAGGUUACAUCUACCGACAACCGCUUGUAAGAAGUGAAGAAAGAAAACCACACAGUGAUGUGGUCAUACCUCCAUCGUCGUCCUCAUUUACAUACGUAACUGAAGGUGACGUGGAUCGCAGUAAAUACGAGUCACCGAUGAAACUGAUGCAGAAGAAAUCUGCCGGUGACAAAACAAAAUGGAUGAACACUCCAAACACGUACACCAAAGUCGAGGUGACAGUACAGGACGGGGAUAGUAGUCCAAAAACUAAGACAAAGUGGAUUCCUGAAGAUGAGAGUGACUUUAAAACUUCAACACCCAUUAAAAUUGAGGAUCCACAACAAUUUGCGAAACAGGGCGAAGACCCGAAAGAAUUCAAGAAGAGACAAAAGGAGUUGAAACAAGAUCGCCGUGACGACAGAAUCACCUCUGGUCCACUGUCUGAAGUUCUUCACGGUAUAAGCUAUCCAGGUCAAAAGAUUCAGCCAAAGGAUGCCCCUAUGUCAGAUUCUACAGAACUGUUGACGACCGUAAAGGAUGCCCGUUCCUCCGGCUCAGGGGACAAUAUCCAAUCAGCAUCAAAGGGCAUUAUACAACGUGACUAUCAGAAAGAGGCUGUAGUGUACACCACAUAUUCACCCAAUCCUUUUGAAGGCAUGACAGAGAAAGAAAUUAUAGAAUAUAAACGAGAUAUUGCCGAAAAAACUGGACAAGAUUUAAGUGGUAUUGAAUUUUCGCUCGACAAUGAACCUGAUAAAGACAAUGAAAACAGACAGGACAUUGUGACUCAAGAGACUACCACGGAAACAGUUUCCAGAAAAGAAGGUGACCAAGAAAUCGUUACGACGGUGACAACAGUCAAGAAGACUGUCAUAGAAACAGACAUAGAUGCUGAACCCGAGAAAGGAGGUCAGGAAAGUCGCACGUCCACCAUUGAGAAAGAAGGAAGGAGCGGAAGUAGUAAAGAAGACUCCCCAACUAAGGAAACAUCACCAAAAAAGAAGGAAAAAGACAAGAAAAAGAAAGGUUUUCGUACGCCAUCAUUCUUGAAGAAAAAAGAGAAAAAAGGGAAAGGUGAAGAAGAGGAAGAGUAAGCUGGCUCAUUUUAGAAAACCUUUAGCUCAACCUAAAAAGUGAAAUUUUUUGAAAAUAUUUCAGAUUUUCUCAAUACAUGUAGAUCCCAAGUAAAUAUAGUAGCACUCAAAAACACAGGUUUUGUGAGGUUGCUAACACUGGAGGGCGGGUGGCUGUUUUUGAGAUGAAAUUUGAAAAUUCUCUAUUGUUAGAUGUAUUCCAAGUAACUCUCUGUAAAUUGUUAUAGACAUAGAGAACAGCUCUCUUGCCUUGUCUUCUCCAUUUUUUUUAAAUAAAAAAACUAUGCUAGUAUUUUUAUUUUUAUGAAGCAGUUAAAAGUACAUUAGAGAUUUGUGUAGAUAGUAAUUUUUGUGUAUUUUAGACCACAAUCGCGCAGUUCAAAAUAUUUCACUGGAAUCUGCCACUAUGUAAAUGUGCAGGGGUAUAUCAAGUAAUGGAACUAAACAGAUAACUUGGGUAUUGGUCUUUAAAUUUGGGUAAAGGUGCAUUGUCUUUCAUUAUUCUUAGUGAUCUGUUGCAUUCUGGGAUAGCUGUUUUGUAAUGUAAGACGUACAUGUAUUGAAAGGACGUUCACUUCUGUGGAUGUUAUUGUGAAGCAAGGGCUUAUGUCAAUGCACGAUGGAUGUUAUGUCUGUUAGCUACUAUGUGGGAUACAAGACACUUUUACAAGUUGAUGGUAUUUGCACGAGGUGUCAUUGUGGUGGCGUUAAUGUAUCAUCAGACACUCUAUUUGGAUGUCUAACUUGUGUGUUGUUAGUGUUAGAUUAGUGAUGCCUUUCCCACAUUCACAUGUCAUAAUGAUGAUGCACUUUAAAAACAAGUUUUCAAUGUUUCUUGGAUUUCAGAUUAACACAUUGACUGUUACUAUGUUGAUGCAUUGGCGGCCUGUAUUAGUUAAAUGACAUGACGGCUAUCAUGGCAACUUAUGUUGGUUAAGUGAUGCAAUGACAGCCUUCGUUGUUUACAUGGCAUAAUGCCAGCCUGUGUUGAUUGCUUGACAUAAUGGCGGCCAUUAUGGCUUGGAAAUGAUGUAUAGAAUACCUGUAACAGUGAGUUUGUUCAAUAACUUCUAUUUAAACUGUAUGUGCCGGUGCAACUUGAUUGCCAACGUGUUUAAAAGUCUCUCUCAGAGCAGAAUGAAAGCAGAGGAAUGAGAAAUGUGCGACUAGAACUAGAAUUUCUGUUGACUGUUGGAGACUGCUUAGUUUAAUAGUCACUGCCAGCAAGAAUAUGGUUGUUGACAAGAUGUCAUAGCAACCAUGCUGUUGUACAUACCCCCCUCCUCAAAAAAAAUGAUAAUUUGGUGGAAUUCUGGAAACUGGCAUUUAGCUGUACAUGUGGCUGUUGUGCCGUGUGUGUAACUGAAUACCAUGCAUCUUGCACUGUAACCAUAGCAACAUGAUUCUCAAUGGGCACCUGACAUAAUUUCUCUCAUUCUCUCUUUGAUCACUGCAAGAAUUUUCAUUCCUGUAUUGUACCUAUUAUUUAAUAAACCUUAUCCUAGGUUCAUUCUGCAUUAAAAAUCUGUGUUCAGCUCAUUUUAAAUGUACCUUAUUAACCCAGGUUUCAUUCUGCUUCUGUGGUAUAUUGUCAGAAAGAUGAACAAUCCUGAAGUGCAGUCACAAUUUUUAUGAAUAAAAAAAAAAAAAGUUAGUCUUGUCAUUUAGUUUAGAAUGUGAAUAUAAUGUGUAGUGAUGUUUUUUUCUCUACGAUCAAAAAUAAUGUAUAAAAGGCAAGCUUCAUGGUUUUUUAAUCAAAUUUUCAGAAUUAAAUUUAUUUGUAGCCAUAGUAACAGUAACUAAGAUACGAACAAAUAAAUGUUGAUUCAAAUCUGACACUUUUACUACUUUUGAUGAAUUAUAUAGUAAUGAGUCAAUCAGCAUUUUUAAAAAUUACCAUAAUCUGACAUUUUAAAGACCAUGCAGCUUACUUAAACUAACUGUAUAAUUGUAUUUGUUUUAACCUGAUUUGGUGGUACUGUAUUGUGACUUCAAUUUUUGUUUCUUUCUGAGAGCGCCUUCUUUUGCGGUAGUUUCACAUUUUAGAUGCAUACUGUAUAGCAUUGUAUGUUCAGAUGGUCUCUCCUGCCAAUUGAAAAAGUCUGCUUUGGCUAGGGUCUAGUUAUCAAAUUAUUACAAUUUUUUUUUUUUUGAUUACAGCUUAAUUUAAUUGCAAUUUACCAUACCAGUAAUGAGUUUUGUGCUAUGACUGAUACUGGUUGCUUUAACAAUUAAGACUGCAUUAGUUACAUGAUAUCAUGUGAAAGGCAUCGUUGUAAUAACAGCCAUAUAUAAAUUAUUGUUGCUAUGGAAAUUAUUCUAUCCGACAAUCAUUCUAUGGCCACACAUUAAUCUAGCAAUCUAGUUAGGCUUUUGCUCCAUGAAUUAUGGAUGAAAACUGCUUUUGUCAAUGUUUAGCACUUUCAGUGGAGUCAAAAUUUCACAAUCAUGCCAAAUAUAUAUUACUGAGUUUAUUUGUUUUACAGUACACUUGAUAUGAAGGUUUUUUUUUUUAAAAUACGGUGUCUGCUUGGAUUUCUCUCUUCUUCCAUAACCAAAUUGUUUCUGUUCAUUGCCUGUUUUUUAAGGGUACAGCCAUUUUAAACAUAUUGCUAUAUAGCUGUGGACUUUAUUAAUGUUACAACACAAGCAUUGCUGACGCUCAAUUAUUACGUCCAUUUAGUCACCACAAUUCAUUGCCAUGUGUGAAGACAAAUAAAAGAAGUACGUAUGUACAGUGUAUACAUUGGCA